AUGGACGAUGGGGAGGAGAGGCAUAUCACAGACGAAGGCUUUGAUGUGCUGGACUUCACCGCCAAAGAGAAGAUUGGCAUUUAUAAGUUGACUAAGGGUAUCACCAGGCCUUGGGUCAAAGUGCCUUGGGUCAAAGUAGGCAAUGAGUUUGUGCAAAAGGGCCAGAACAUGGAACAGUGCAACAACUCCAUCAGGGCUCUGGGCAAGGCUGUCUAUGAUAAGAUGUUCAAGUGACUGGUGGUCAGGAUCAACAAGACCUUGGGCACCAAGCUAGAGAGGCAGUUCUUCAUUGGGGUGCUGGACAUCGCCGGCUUUGAGAUCUUCCAGUUCAACAGCUUCGAGCAGCUGUGCAUCAGCUUCACCAACGAGAAGCUGCAGCAAUUCUUCAACCACCACGUGUUCAUGCUAGAGCAGGAGGAGUGCAAGAGGAAGGACAUCCAAUGGGUCUUCACUGGCUUUGGACUUGACCUGCAAGCCUGCAUCAACCUCUUGGAAAAGCCCAUGGGCAUCUUCUCCAUCUUGGAGGAACAGUGCGUCAUCCCCAAAGUCAUGGACGCCACGUUCAAGACAACCCUGUAUGACAACCACUUGGGCAAGUCCAGCAGGUUCCUGAAGCCCAAGGGCAGCAGCAAGGGCAAGGGGCCCGAGGCCCACUUUGAGCUUGUCCACUGCACAGGCACAGUCUACUCUGACACGCCCUGUCAUCGGCUCCCUGCCAUCAACCAGCACAGCCAUGAUAUGACAGCAUAG